GAGAGAGAGAGAUCUUCCAUCUGCUGGUUCACUCCCCCAGUGGCCGCAACAGCUGGGGUUGGCCCAGGCUGAAGCCAGGAGCCUGGAACUCCAUUUGGGUCUCCCACGUGGGUGCAGGGGUGCAAGCACUUGGGCCAUCCUCUGCUGCUUUCCCAGGUGCAUCAGCAGGGAGCUGCAUUGGAAGUGGAGCAGCUGGGACCCAAACCAGGAUGCUAGCAUUGCAGGCAGCAUUUUAAUCCACUGUGCCACACCACCAGCCUCUCUCUCUCUCUCUCUCUCUCUCUCUCUCUCUCUCUCUCUCUCUCUCUCUCUCUCUGCAUCACUCUGCCUUUCCCAGUAAUACUAAUAAUAAAGUCCCCAGGGUCUGAGUGGACCAGAAGCUAUAAAUGGGACCAAGGUGGGAGGGACCAGCAAUUUUCUUGCUUGUGCGGUAGAUUGAAUGAAUUCUUGAAAGGACUCCAAGUCUUGGGGUUCCGCAGCCAGAGACCUUGCUUCAGAACCCCCUAGCCCAGCCCAAUCAGACUCCUUCAGGGGCUGCCCAGUGACCUCAAAGUCAAGUGCAAGCUCUGGGCCUGUGGCAGCGGAAGCCUCCGGGCGCUGGCUUCCUCACCUGUCUCUCAUCACCCAAACGCGCUCAGCUCUCCCAGGUGCGCGCCUCUUUAUCCAAAGGGGCUCUGCCUCCUCCCCUGAAGUGGUCUCCGGCUGCCCCCCACCCCCGCAGAGUCAUUCUGCUUCCUGUAGCCUCCCCAGCACUGUCACAGCUCCUGCCAUGCCCACCCAGGCUGAGCACUCCGAGGGCAAAUGCCCCAUCUUCUGCUUUCUGGAUUCCCCGGUGUCUUGUGCAGGGGGCCUGGCACAUAGAAAGACCAAGAAACAGUAUUUUAGAUGCACAGGGUGCCUGGAAGAACGGCUAUAGGGAGUUAGCUGGAGGCUGCAGAACAUACAAAAAGAACCAGUGCUUGGUUCCGGUCCCAACUCUUCCAUGCUAAAUCCCAGCUGCCUGCUAAAGCCCCGGCAGGCCAGCAGAUGAUGGCCCAAGUACUUGGGUUUCUGCCACUCACGUGGGAGACCCAGAUGGAGCUCCUGGCUCCUGGCCAGGGACUGGCCCAGCCACCCCCGCCCCUUCACUGCUGUUGCAGGCAUUUGGGGAAUGAACCAGCAGAUGGAAGAUCUCUGUCUCUCCUUCCCUCUCUGUCACUUUGCCUUUCAAAUAAACAAAUACAUCUUAAAAAAAAAAAAAAACCUACCACUUUAUAAAGAACAGGAAACAUAUCUCUAAAAGGAGAGAGAGAGGGAGACGGAGAGAGAGAAAAAGGAAGAACUCCCUAGACCUCAGCUCUCUGCUUACUUGCUGUGUGACCUUGGGGCGGCGAGCGGGCGAUGGAGCGCGCCGAGGAGCCUUGGGACCCAGAUCUCCGCGACCCGGAGGAGGAGGAGGAGGAGGAGCAGCAGCUGAGGGGCGCCCGCACAGGGGGUGCUGAGCCCGAGGGCAGGGUCCACAGCUGCCUGUUCCUUUCCUCAGGUCUGGAGAGUGAGAACGUGGUGGUCUGUCAGCCGGAUGAGUUUGAACAGACUUCCCAGGAUGAGGACUUGGAAUUCAAGGAAGAGGAAGAGCUAGGCCCGGGCCACGAAGUGGGAAGUGCCGCUCUGAAACCCGAAGGCAUCGAGAGCUGGGAUGACUUGUGGGUCCAGAGACAGGGGCUGGGAAAGCCUCAGGCUCGGGACCGAGGCCUCCGGAUGCUGGGCGAGCCCCGCUGGGGCCAGGCCAGCGGGGAUCGGGCUGCGGUGUGCGGCGAGUGUGGCAAGAGCUUCCGGCAGAUGUCCGAUCUGGUGAAGCACCAGCGGACGCACACCGGGGAGAAGCCCUACAAGUGCGGGGUGUGCGGCAAGGGCUUCGGAGACAGCUCGGCCCGCAUCAAACACCAGCGAACUCACAGCGGUGAGAAGCCCUACAGAGCCCGGCCACAGGCCCAGGGUCCCCCAAAGAUUGCUCGGCCCCGGAUCCCCGCCGGCGAGCGCCCCACCAUCUGCGGUGAGUGUGGCAAGAGCUUCCGGCAGAGUUCGGACCUGGUCAAGCACCAGAGGACGCACACAGGCGAGAAGCCCUACAAGUGCGGCAUCUGUGGCAAGGGCUUCGGCGACAGUUCCGCCCGCAUAAAGCACCAGCGGACACACCGCGGGGAGCAGCCCCCCCGGCCGGUGGUCCCCCGCCGGCAGCCCUCGCGGGCGGCCCCGGCCGCCACUGCCCCGGGAUCAAAGGCCCAGGACAAACCAUACAUCUGCACCGAUUGUGGCAAACGGUUCGUGCUCAGCUGUAGCCUCCUGAGCCACCAGCGCAGCCACCUGGGGCCCAAGCCCUUCGCCUGCGACGUGUGCGGGAAGGAGUUUGCCCGCGGCUCCGACCUGGUGAAGCACCUGCGGGUGCACACGGGCGAGAAGCCUUACCUGUGCCCCGAGUGCGGCAAGGGCUUCGCCGACAGCUCGGCUCGCGUCAAGCACCUGCGCACCCACAGCGGCGAGAGGCCGCACGCCUGCCCAGAGUGCGACCGCACCUUCAGCCUCAGCUCCACGCUGCUGCGCCACCGCCUCACGCACAUGGAGCCUCAGGACUUCAGCUUCCAAGGCUACCCCUUGGCCGCCCUGAUCCCCAGCCCGCCCCCACCUGCUCUUGCCACCAGCCCGCUGCUGACGCCCCGCAGCCCCUCGCACUCAGGGGAGGGGCCCUUUGGCCUGCCGGGCCUGGAGCCGGAGCCUGGGGACCCGCAACCCGGGGAGCCGCCGCCGCCACUGGCGGGCGACAAGCCCCACAAGUGUCCCGAGUGUGGCAAGGGCUUUCGUCGGAGCUCCGACCUGGUGAAACACCACCGCGUGCACACCGGGGAGAAGCCUUACCUGUGCCCCGAAUGUGGCAAGGGCUUUGCCGACAGCUCGGCUCGCGUCAAGCACCUGCGCACCCACCGCGGCGAACGCGCCCGGCCGCUGCCGACGCCGCCCACUCUCCUGCGGCUGCAUAACCCACCAGGCCUCCUGGCGCCGCCAGCGCCUCGUUCCCGGGUCCGGGCCCAGACCUCUGGACCCAGCCAGCCCCACGUGUGCGGCUUCUGUGGGAAGGAAUUCCCGCGGAGCUCAGAUCUGGUGAAGCACAGGCGCACCCACACCGGGGAGAAGCCAUACAAGUGCGCCGAGUGCGGCAAGGGCUUCGGAGACAGCUCGGCCCGCAUCAAGCACCAGCGCGGGCACCUCGUCCUGAGGCCCUUCGGCAUAGGGGACGUUCGGGCGAGGCCUCUCAAGGAGGAGCCGCCGACAGAACUGGAGUGACCGGGAAGACCAAAGGGAGAGCCGUCUGCUGCCUAGGCGCAGCAGAGGGCCCGGGAGGUGGUGGGAGGGAGGAGGAGGGGGAGGCAUGGGAGACAGGAGCGACUAGAUAGAAAUCGAGACUGGACAGCGUAACCUUGAAGCUCAGGAAUCGGUCCUGGCUGGGCUCAGUCAGGACCUGGCCAGUGUGGGCUGUGCCGCAGCUUCUGCCUGGCACAGUUGGCACUCAGUAAACACUCGCCUGGGGACGCCAAACCCUGAGUUCCUGCUGCCUCUUAUCUGUCCGGAACUGACUGCUCCCCGGGAGACCAACACCCUGAAGUAGGCUUUGUGCGACCUCAGGGCUGUAACAAUGGGACUGGAGGAACUUGGGGAUCUGCAGCCGGGCAGGGACGCCUUGAUCAUCCUGCUAGCGGGGGAGGCAUCGCUGUGUGGCCCAGGCGGUACCCACCCCUGACCCAGGGGCCACGGGAUCUGGUCUUGACCAGGAAGCGCACCCUUGGGACAGGGCUCAGGCCUGAGGGACCUGGAGGAGCCUCAGCCCACCCUGGCUUCUGGACCGUGACAGCAGGCACGGCGUUCCUGGCACCCGGUGCCGGGCCAAGCACAGAUCUUGGUGGGCAACAGCAGAGAUCAGUUGGCCGGGAGAGGGCAGGACUUCCGGGAGAGGGAGUGCAGAGCGGAGCUGCUCCAAGGUCCACAGCCAUGUUUUCAUUGUCUCCUUGCUAAUAAACUGCUUCUUGUCUGAGG